CUUAAAUUAUAAUUUUCUAUAAUAUUUAGCAUUUAAUUUCAAAUUCAGCACAAUUCAAUAAUUAUCAUUUUACUUAUACUGUUCUUAAUGUGUAAAUUUUGAUCGAAAAUAUUAAUCCAAGUAUGGAAAAAAUACGACGAUUUGUCAAUUUUGUAUUGCUUCUAACAGUUUUUUUGACCGGGAUAUGUGUGGCAGAAGAUCUUCCUUUAGAAAAUCAAUGUCAGCCCUUUAUUGAAAAAGCAAUAAACGAUUUAAAAAAGGAAAAUGAUGAAACCGCUUCUAUAGAGAAUGAUUCAAAUACAAAUAUAAUUCCCAAUUUAUCUUCAGAAUCGCUUGAAAAUCAAGUUUCAGCAGAAUCGAUUAACUUAGAAGAAAAUGAUUUCGAUUCUGACGAAAAUAAUACAGAACAAAAAAACAAGUCAUCAGAUAAAAGUACGGAUGAGGAGGGCGACGACGAAGAAGGAAAUGUAAGCGAAAAUUCUGUACCUGAAAAUUCUAACGAAAAUAAUGAUGAUGACGAUAAAAAAGAAAAACAUAAUGAAGUAUCGAACGAAAAUUCUGAUGAUGCAGAUGACAAUGACAAUGAAAAUUCUAAUACUGAAAACGUCAGUGAAAUUGUGUCUUCUGAAAACAAUCAAGAAAAAUUAAACACUGAAGAAACAGAAUCUGCUGAGACAGAAUCAAACAAAAUAUCAGUAGAAGAUGAAGAUAAUCAUUCUAAUGAGGUAGAACAUUUAUCAUUGGAGGAAGAUAAAGAAUCUACUGAGGAAAUAGGCGAAAAAAAUGACUUGAAAAACUCAUCUAAAGAGAACUCAGAAGCUAAUGAAAUUGAUGAAGGAACAAAUGAAGAAGUAUCACAAGAAAACACAUCUUUAGAGGACCAAAAAACUGAAGAAACAGAUGAAGAAGAAAGUCAACAAAAAGAAACAUUAUACGAAGUAGAAAAUAGCGAAGAAGCAUCGGUAAACAAUAUCAUUGAACAUGAAAAUGACAAAUCAGAUGAAAAAAGCAAAGAAAUACCAGAGGAACAAGAUAAUACAGAAAGUGAAAUAGAUACCGACGAAAACUCUGAUACGGAAACCUCAACCGAUGAUCAUCCAGAAGAAGAUCUCCUAUUGGAGUUUAACGUCCCAACAAAUUUAAGAGAUCGUUCUCAUAUUUCUGAGAUUUUACACCUUGAUAAACAUUCAUCUGAUAUUGAGAUAGCUGUCGAUAAGGCAGCUGAUAUUGUUUUGCACGAUCUGAAACGUAUUUAUGAUAAUGCUAUUAAACCAUUAGAAACAGUAUAUAAAUAUCGCGAUCUUAGCAAUCGUCAUUUUGGUGAUCCAGAAAUAUUUUCGAAGCCCUUAGUACUUUUGAUGGGUCCUUGGAGUGGAGGCAAAUCAACAAUAUUGAAUUAUUUGUCUGGAAAUGAGUACACUGAACACUCCAUACGUAGUGGUGCCGAGCCUUCACCAGCAUACUUCAAUAUAUUAAUGUACGGUGAUGAAACAGAAGAACUAGAUGGAACUCAAUUGGCAGCUGACUGGACUUUUUCAGGUUUACAAAAGUUCGGUCAAGGAAUGAUAGACCGAUUACACGGAAUUAAGUUGAAAAACGAACUUUUGAAAAAGAUAAACAUUGUUGAGAUUCCAGGAUUAUUGGAAGUCCGAAAACAAGUAUCUCGCCUAUUUCCUUUUAAUGACGCAUGUCAAUGGUUCAUUGACCGAGCUGAUAUGAUAUUUCUAGUAUAUGAUCCUUCAAAGCUAGAUGUAGGACCUGAAACAGAAGCUAUUUUAGAUCAACUGAAAGGACGUGAAUACCAGACUAGGAUAUUACUUAACAAGGCGGACACUGUUAAGCCUGAAGAGCUGCUAAGGGUACAAUCCGCUUUGAUUUGGAAUAUCUCUCCGUUAAUGUCAUCUGCUCAUCCACCAACGCUUUAUACAGUCUCCCUAUGGUCUCAUCCUUAUAAAGAUGGAUCACCAGUAAGGCUUUUGCAAGCACAAGAGCGAGCUUUAUUAAAGGACCUUCAGGGUGCUAUCGAAAAGCGAAUUGAAAACAAAAUUGCAAGCGCCCGUCGUUUUGCGGUACGCAUUCGCAAUCAUGCGAAAAUGAUUGACUGCUAUUUGACUACAUACUACAAUCACAAAACUUUAUUUGGAAACAAAAAACAAAUAUCGGAUCAUAUUAUUGAGAAUCCGUCUCACUAUCAUAUUUAUGAAGGACUUUCAACUUUGACUAAUAUAUCACGCUAUGAUUUACCAAAUGAAGAUGCUUAUAGAGACUUUUUCAAGUUGAAUCCUCUUUAUAGUUUUAAAAGAUUAGCGGAAACUUGCACCUAUUUUAGAGGAUGUCCCAUCAAUCAACUUGAUAUUGCGAUUUCUUAUCAAUUACCAGAAUUAGUUGGAAAAUAUAAGAAAAUUUUGGAACAAGAAUUGACUAAAAUUACUAAAGAUCACGUUACGGAAGAUUAAAACAGUUUAUUGGACACAAAAAUAAAUCAGCUGAUUCGAUAAAUAUAGUUGAUUUUUUUAUUAUUGUUUUAGAUAUUCAUUUAUUUUCGUUGUUUUAAUUUUUUUCUACUUAGAAAGAGGCGUAGUAGUUUCUCAUGGGCAAAGGUAGUUCAAUGUAAAAAAAAAAAAAAAAUACAUUAAAUAUAAUUUUUCUGUUUAUUUUAGAAAAUUUUUCAAUGAUUUUGUCAUAUCAGACAGUUUUUUAGCAUCA